AUGGAUUCAUUCGGUCCGAACCGGCUCCCGAACCGAAAACUCUCCGCCUCGGAACGCUUCCUCUGCGUUCCGUCUCACGCGCCGCCGCUCUUCUCAAACUCCGUGGCCUCCAACGACGAGCUCCACGAGGACGACGUCGUUUUCUUCAGCAGCGACUAUGGCGCCGAACACAACCACCACAGCGCCUCCACUUCUUCCUUCUCCUCCUCCUCCUCGUCAUCUUCCUCCGCCACUCCGAACCACCACCACAACCACAACCACCACCAUCCCCACGGCAUCCUCGCCGCGCUCCCCGAGAACGGAACCUCCCGCAACUUCCGGAACGUUUCGCAGCACUUCCACAAGGCCUCAAUCUCUUCAAUCUCCUCCGCCUCCUCCUCCUCCUCCUCUUCGCGCGUCAUUCCCUCCAUCCCGCGACCUCCGCCGCCGGCGCAAUCGUCCGUCAUGUUCCACCAGUCCGCGCCGGUGAACGUCCCGAUCCUGUCGAUGAAGGCGCGGCGGAGACACUGCGACUUCGAUGACAAUGACGAGGACGAAGACGGCGAGGAGGACGAGGACGAGGAGAUGGUGCCUCCGCACGAAUUCGUUGCGAGAAACUCAGAUCAAUCGCCGAUGCUCGCUUAUUCGGUUCUGGAAGGGAUAGGGAGAACGCUGAAAGGGAGAGAUAUGCGUCAGGUUCGAAAUGCCGUUUGGCGCCAAACAGGUUUCCUCGGUUGA